GCUUUUUAAUUUAAAGCAGGGUCUGCAUAUCAUCUGAAGUAAUCUCUCUUUGGGGACAUCCCGCAUGUCCAGAACUGCCAUCCGGUAUUGUGGCCCGAAGGCUGUGGGAAGCUUGGAGACUUAUACACAAAGGAGGACCUGGAUAAAUGUGCCCGCACAUCCUCACAGGCAGGGCGAAUGGACGAGAGAGAGAGAGGCCGACCCGUGUUCCGCGUGUUACUGUGUACGGAGGAGUGGGUCCGAGGGACCGCGGUGUGGGCAGGGACAGGCAAGGCGGGAGACGAGGAGAAACGAAAGCCACAUCGGUGGCGGAUGUUCUGCACACAACUCGCUAGCUACCGCACGUUCCCCACUCCGCACUCAGCAGAUCCCGGGACGGGAGCAGGAGGGCUGCACAGGGACUCCUGGACAGGUCGAGCUGAAAACUUCGGGCCGAGGGGUGGGGUGGAGACGCCCGCGACGUCAAGGCCGGGGUCCCGGAACACGCCGGGAGGAGGGUGUAAGGCAACCUCGGGGAAACCGGGAAGAGCGGCCUGGACCUCGGGAACGCCGCGUACCGCCGGGCGCACAGCCCAUCCCGCGCGAACAGGCGUCAAAGGGGCGGUCCCGCGGUGCGCACCGCUCAGAGUUCAGGGGAUGGUGCGCCCGGCCCUUCUGCGCACAGCCCAGCCUAGGAUCGCCGGCAGAGCGGACUCAGCGGGCCGGGUGCAGGCGCAGAGCUGGGCCUCUGCGCCCGGCCCGACCUCCGUCUAUAAAUGGAGCAGCCGGCUGCAGGGCUCCAGUGCACUUUCCAACUGCCUGACUGCGUUUUUGCCUUACCGGUGGGAGCUCCAGCAUCCCCUUGGCUCGAAAUGGACCCCAACUGCUCCUGCGCCACUGGUGGAUCCUGCACGUGCGCCGGCUCCUGCAAGUGCAAAGAGUGCAAAUGCACCUCCUGCAAGAAGAGUGAGUGAGGGGCCAUCUCCAGGAAUCUGGGGGCUGUGGCUAAGAUUGGGAGGGAACUCAAGGUUGGCCCUGAGCGCUUCCUUCUGGGAAACUGGGAUUUCUUUGCCCCUGUUGGCCAUGUCAUUCCCUCUCCAUGCUUUCUGCCCUGAGUUCAGAUGGGGCAGGGAAGCAUUUUUCUCUUGGGACACAACCCCCAGCUGUACCCCCUAUGGUUUCAGAACAGAGCUGUGCCAGACAAAAAAAGCAUCCUCUGGGUCUGGCGUCUGAGCUCGAGCCAGGCUUGCUAUUGGGGCAGGGAGGUGCCUGGUCCAGUCUACUGCCACCUCUCACUCUCCCCUUCUUCCCCAGGCUGCUGCUCCUGCUGCCCCGUGGGCUGUGCCAAGUGUGCCCAGGGCUGCGUCUGCAAAGGGGCGUCGGAGAAGUGCAGCUGCUGUGCCUGAUGUGGGGACAGCUCUGCUCCCAGAUGUAAAUACAGCAACCUGCACAACCUGGAUAUUUUUUUUUAAUACAACCCUGAGCCAUUUUCUGCAUUUCUUUUUAUAUUAAAUAUGUGAUUGUUUUAUUGUCAUAAAAGAAUUUUGACUUGAA